UGUUUGAACUUGAAGCUCCAACCAUCGCGGGUCGUUGUUUUGCAGUGCGUGUAGGUUAGUUAAGGAAAUGGAGGACAUAGAGGAUUUGCUAGUUGGGAGCGGAGGUGGAGCUCCUCCGGGUUUUCGUUUGCCCAUAACAGCCAUCGGAUUGAACCCAAAGAAGAACAAGAACAAGAACAAACCCAAUCACAAUGGCAAUAGCAAUAAGCUAUCUCAAAUCCAAGACCCCCUUGCUCCUCUCUCUCCCAAAAUCCCUGGAACUCAGACUAUAUAUAUCAAGACAUUUGGGUGCUCACACAACCAGUUUACAAUCAUCUCACGCCGCUUCGAACUCGCCGCCUCCUCCUCCCAUUCCAAAAUCCCAAUCCCGUGCGCUUUCAAUCCUUGCUGCGAAAUCGGGGCCAAGAACUGAGUGGGCUUCAUUGAUGGAAGUUGCAAAACAAGAAGGAAGUAGCAAUGUUGAAGUUUGUUGCUGGAAUAUGACUUGGUGCCAAUUGGCUGAUACAGACAGAGAGUUUGAAAUAUUCUUUAUGGUUAAGGUUAUGCACCAUGAGGAGCUUGCAGAAUGAGCCUCACACCGCACUAUAGCCUAUAACAAUUCUGAAAAAAUAAGUGGAGCCAUUGGGAAUUUGCGUGUUGUUAUAGAUUUUCUGGGUGGCUGAAUUUUUAUUAUUAUAUUUUCUUUUCCUGUUCGUACUUAUCUUGCGAUCCCUUUUUGGAGAGCAAGUAAGACUUUGUGCCUAUUUGUUGAAUGCUAUGUUUCUUCUCCCUCUCCGAUGUCACUCUUUUAUCCAUCACGUCAUUUCCUUUAGUUGUUAAAUUUUCUGCUUUUAGUGAAUUUGAGGAAUAUAAAUGGAAGUGGAGGGAAUUAGGUUCGGUUGUGUGAGUGAAAUUAUGCAUCUUUGUGUGUUAUUUCAGUCCAAGUUUGUACAUUUGUAUUUAUGAGUGUGCUGUUUUGUUUUGAUAUAUGAGUGUAAAAUCUUACUUUACCGCCUAACAUGAACAUUUUACCCCAAUGUUUGUGUAAUGACUGACAAAUGCAAGGAGUUUGAAAAAGGUAUCUGGGGUAUAGAAAACCCCCAAAGAUUCAGUUCAAUAUUCUCUCAUGGUGAAUAUAUCUAACUCCUCACAUGUGAGCCUCUAUCCUCAGCUUAUAUUGGAAGGUUGCAGUCUUAGGAAUUUAAACCCAGGA